AUGCGUCCGGGCUCUCUUCUCCCGCUGCUUGCCUUGGGCCCUGUGGUCCAGGCCGCAGCCGCAGCUUCUUCUCAAGAAUCCCGCGAUCUGUUUGCACGAGAUUUUGAAAUGCUAAACUCUCGGGACUUGGAACAGCUUUCUCCACGUGACGUUGAGCUACUGACCAGAGCAUUGGUUGAGAGAGGUCUUUUGGAUGACAUUUGGCAAAAGCUCAAGGACGCUACUACUUGUGCCGGCGGAGAGCUACUGCUGGGUGCGCUCAAAGUUCUCGCAUUCUUUGGUGAUGGAGCUUUCGUCAAGGUGAUUCAGGGGAUUUGCAAGCUUGCAAAGGUCCAACCCGGCGACGUUUGUGAUGGCGCGGUUGCUCUCGAAGGCCCCAUCAUAGCAGCUGACAUUCGCAAGAUCUCCGUUGGCUCAAGGACCUCCAAGGCGUUUUGCACAACCUUCUUGGGCGUUUGUGGAUAUCCCGAUGUGCAAACGUGGGAUAUUGCUUACCCUUCGGCGCAACCUGCUGGUGGCCGGCCAAAGCCUGGUGGCAAGGAUCCCAUCAAGAUUGUUCACUACUCCGAUAUUCAUAUUGAUCCCUUGUAUGUUCCUGGGUCUAGCACGCAGUGCGACGGCAGGCCUAUUUGCUGCAGACCCUACACCAAGGACGACCAACCUGGCAACACCAAGUUCCCUGCUGGACCUAACGGUGACCACAUGUGUGAUGUGCCCUUUACUUUAGAGCGAAGCAUGUAUGACGCUAUCAACUCGAUUGUGCCCGAUGCCGCCUUUACUAUUUUCACCGGCGAUAUCGUCGACCACGCCAUCUGGAACACCAGCCAGCCGUACAACACCAACUUGAUCCAACAUGCGUACGACACCAUGAACUCAAGCCUGAAACUCGUCUACGGCACUGCCGGUAACCACGAAGCCCAUCCCGUUAACGCCUUUGUCCCCAAUGCCAUCGGUCACGACAGCCAAUGGGUCUACAACCUCCUCUCCUCUGACUGGGAACACUGGAUCGGCGAAAGCUCAACCGCCAUGGUCGAAAAGAUCGGUGCCUACUCGACCAAGUAUCCCAAAGGCAACCUCCGCAUUAUCUCUCUGAACACUAAUCUCUACUACCGCCACAACUUCUGGAUGUACCAGUCGUACGAGGACAAGGAUCCCAACGACCAAAUCGCCUGGCUCAUAAGAGAGCUUGAUGCCGCCGAGAAAGCCGGGGAACGCGUCUAUAUCAUGGGCCACAUGCCGCUCGGCGAGGCAGACGCCCUCCGCGACGGCUCCAACUACCUUGACCAAGUGUUCAAGCGGUACCAAAACACUAUUGCAGCAAGUUUCUUCGGGCACACGCAUGUCGACCACUUCGAAGUGUCGUACAGCGACUACGCGCACCGCAGCGCUUCCAACGCCUUUAUGACCUCGUACAUUGCGCCAUCCCUCACGCCCACCUCCGGCAUGCCCUCGUUCCGCGUCUACACUGUCGACCCGGACACCUUUGCCGUCCUCGACCACACCACCUACAUGGCUGACAUGACCAACCCUUCCUUCCAGACAACCCCCGUCUGGACAAAGUUCUACUCGGCCAAGGAGUCAUACGGCCCUCUCGUCUCACCCCCUCUCACCGACCCCAAGGCCGAGCUCACCCCCGCCUUCUGGCACAACGUCACCGUCGCCUUUGAAAACGACGACGCCCAGUUCAACGCCUACAUGGCGCGCAAGUCCCGUGGCUGGCAGCCCGCCUCCUGCACCGGCGACUGCAAGACCGACGAGAUCUGCCAGCUACGCGCUGCCCGCAGCCAGGACAACUGCUGGAAGCCAAAGCCCGGCAUCAACCUGACAAAGCGGUCCGGUGUCCAGGACGAAAAGGGAGAGCACGACGAGUGUGGCGUCCCUAUUACACUAAAGACUCUGUCGGCUGUGGGCGCCGAUGACGCCGCGCUGCAGGAGUUGAAGAAGAUUAUGGACGAAGUUAUUGCUGAAGCAAAGGCCAAGGGGAUCAAGGGCGCCGAAGAUGCGUAG